AUGGAUCGUCGAGAAUUCGCGUUACGUAUUUUAAUAUUUUUGACUUUUAGCGGACUUAUAUUAUGGUCAUCAAUGGAGGGAAUAUUGAUAGUAUUUGGAGUAAAAAAAUCUGACCCUCUAGUUUCAUUGUCCGUAAAAAAUUUUAAAGAAACUGGAAUUGGAAUUCCUAUUUGGAGUAGUUUUAUAUGUUCCCAAAAUCUUACUGGAAUUACAGUAGAAACACUUGAACGGGGAGGAAAUACAGGGAAUGGUACCGAAACAAAGGACAAACCUACUCGACUUCCCGAUUCAUAUAUAAGUAAAACUGAUACUAAUGCAUUAACUACGGGAGAUUGGACUUUAACGUCAGGAAGUUGGCCAUGUUUUAUUUUUAAUAAUUCUAAUAAAGAUUAUAAAUUCAUACCAGGAAUUGUAGAUCAACUUAUUAUAGUUGCAUUCGUUAAUGGAGAACAAUCACAAGCUGAUAAUGGAAUAAUAUUCGGAGUAUACGAUGACUUAAGACCCCUUAAUGAAGUAGAACCAUUUACUGCUGGAAUACCUUCAAUAAAUACUUAUACUUUUACUUUAACUGAAAAAGAAGAUGUAAAUAACAAGGAUGAAUUGUAUUUUACUGUUAAUAAACAAAAUUAUCAUUCUACGACUUUUAAAGGUAGUUCUAUUGCUGCAAGGUUUCUUUAUUCACCCGAUACUUAUAUGGUCGUAAGAUAUAUAGAAAAACCACAAUACACAUUUUAUGCUGUAAUUAGUGCUACUGGUGGAAAUCUUACCUACGCCAUAGCAUUAUGGAUAAUAUUAUUUGGUCGAGGAAAAUAUAAAUCUUGGGGAUUCAUUCAUCGAUAUAUUUUACGUAAUUCGCCUGAUGCUCAUAAGAAGGAUAAUUCCAAUCGAUUAUUAAAUAUACCAUUUUAUAGUAAUAAAGAAAAAAUUGCACUUGAUAAUGAUAAGAAUAAAGGGAAUAAUUUGGAAAGUCAAGUCAAUCAAACACCAAAUCCUCCACUUUCUUUCAUUACAUCAUCUCAACAACAACAAAAUGAUUAUUAUUCAGUUUCAAAAUAUACAGAUUCUGCACUUUUUUUUACCACAAAUGAAACACCAACAAUUUUUUCCAAAAAUGCCACAUCAGAAAGAUUUGGAAAUAUUGGUGAUGAAAAUGACAAUAUUGAUGACGAAAUUCGUUGUAGUAGAAAUGGCAUAGGAAGACUUAGUGAGAUCACUGAUAGAGAAAUUACAAAAAAAUUAAAUAAAAUAGUUGAUGAAAAACUUUGGUUCUUAGAACAAACUAUAAGCAGACAUUAUCUUUCCGGAUUUAGAUUACGUAGAUAUGAUUCAGAUCUUAAAAAAUUGAAACAUAAAAGUAGUUACUAUUUUGAUAAUAAUGUAAAGAAUAAUUUAAAAAAUAAUUUGGAGAAUAAUUUAGAAGAAGAAAAUAAUCAGUUGGAUCGAGAUGAGAUAAAAUCAUCACCAAGAAGGUCAUCAUCUUCAUCUCAUUCUUAUCCAGUACAAAUCGAUCUUGAAAAAGAAAAUCCCAAAAACCUUGAAGAUCAUCUUUAG